AUGGCUAACAAGAAUCGAUACAAAACAACAACAGCAGCUGUUGCAAUAGAACCGAUACAAGAGGCGGUGUACACUUUGCAACGCGAUGCAACAAGCUCCGGAUACCGGCCAGAUAGGCAACAUUCGCGUGACAACUCUUGCUCACUCACGUGUUGCUCUUGUCUGGAUAUAAACAUUUUCCAGCGCACUAUGCGCGUCAAUGGCAACAACAUAAACAAACAACAUUGCGACGAGAGAGAGAAAUGCGAUCAACCUGCCAUCGGUCGUCGGUUGUCGGCGUCGCACCAACCGUGGCGGUUUUUUGUCAGUUUUGUGAUAUGGUCGUGUCUACUAUUACAACUUUCGGCAGAACCGGAGGUCCCCCCGAAUCGGCCAAUUGACUUAGAGGAUAUUGAGCGGGACAAUCUCAAAACGGAACGACAUUUGGCUUUCAAGAAAGAAGCGAUACAUCCUCAACAACAACAACAACAACAACAGCAACAACCUCAACUACAACCACAACAGCAACAACCUUAUCGAUCAACAGCGGCAUCAUCAUCGCAAAGCAGCAAUCAUUAUACAAUACAGAUUGAACAUCAUCCCAGUGGAGCGGCUAAUCAUGUUGGCAUAAACUAUGUUACACCGCUGCCGUCCGGUCCUGGCAUAGUAUACGCCAAAGGUAAUAUGCUCAACAACUUAGGUACAAGUUUUAAAUAAUCACCCAAAAUUUGUUACAUUUUAGAAAACCGUCCUCCACAAUAUCAACCAAAAGUACCGCAGGUGCACGAGGACCAUUCGACUUACACCGUUCCGUCUCGACAGUCGCUGAUACAACCUAUCAUCGGAGGAAGCGCUCCCGCACACAAAUUUCUCACCCCACAACCCCAGUACGUGUAUGUACAGGCUCAACCACAACAGCAAACGCAACCACAGCCACAACCGAGCCAGCCACAAUAUGCAAACCUUAAUUUGCCGCAAUCGCUGCUACAUAUUCUCCCACAGAAUCCACAAGCUUAUAUCAUGGUACCGACUACUUACUACCAGCAGCAACAGCAGCCCCAUUCAGCACAGCAGUAUGCCGCAUAUGUCAACGACCCGGACAACCACGUGGAGACCUAUUCGCAUGGCGAAACCGGCCAAAGCAGUCCACUACAGCAGCCAGCUAGCGGUCCGUCAGCACCGGAGCCUCCCGCCAAAACUCACGGUGUGGUCUAUGCUGCUCCUUCAUCAACGCCCGCACCGGUUCGACAUCAAUCUCCGUCUGCUGAAUUUUCCGUCGUAAAAAGUGUUGAGCCCCCAGUAUUUCUAUCUCCGAAUGAACAUCUUCCCUCCGCAAUUCAGUACAGUCAUUCACCAGCACGUCCUGCCAUCCAAAUUCAUCACGAAACUCAUACGUCCUACCCUUCGUUAACCCACCCAAACAAUGGCAUCCUUAACUAUCUCGGGGUGCAAAAUAAACAACCUCUAAGUCUGCUCGAUUCAUACGUCCCAAGUUCUUUACAGCUCUCACCCGUCAAAGCUAUCCAGUAUCCAACUAAACCUUAUCCAGCAUUACACUCCAACCAUUACUUCCGCCAUUAUUCCGAAUAUCCACUCCAACAUUACCAUCAUUAUCAACAGCCUCAACUGUUCUACCAACCGUCCUAUCCCGUGUCACAUUCGACCUAUCCAGUUUAUCAAACACCAGUCCAACCAACAGCUGCUGCAAGUGUGCCGCUUCCGACUGCUGCCGCCUACAAUACCAUCGCUUACUCGGUCCCUUUGACACACACCAAAACCGUUUCCCAAUUCAAGCGGUCACCGAUGCUGGAAACUAUGGCCGGCGUAAAAUAUUCUAACCCGCGAGCAGUGACGCAGCCGGGCGCAGCUGCUGGUCAGAUUUCUUUCAAUGGUGCCAUCACUAAACUGCAACCAGCCGGCAAGCUUACGUAG